GUGCAGAUAAGAGUGAUCUCUCUGAAUAGAGAUACUUCAUAGUCUGCGAAAGCUUGAACGGGAAAGAGAAGAAUCUGAAUCGGAGAGUGAGUCUGAGAAGCAAUCUAGGUUUACGAUUACCAAUUCUGUCUGAUCCGAUUAAUUGUGGUGAUUUCCGAUGGAAGAAGACGGUGGCGGCGGUGCGAAAGUCGGAGUGCUGGAGAAUUUUAUGAGGACGCAGCAGAGUUCUUUGAAAUCGUUAUUCCAGAGGAAGAAAUCGUCAUCUGGCCGUGAUGGAGAUGCUUCUCCGUCGCCUAUCGCUUCCCCGAAACCUAUUCCUCAGCUCUCUCUUCUCGCCAAUUCCGUCGUCUCACGCUGUUCAAAGAUCCUUAACAUUCCAACAGAAGAUCUGCAACAUCAUUUUGAUGUAGAGUUGCCUGAGAGUGUUAAGCAACUCUUGACAUAUGCAAGGAACUUUUUAGAGUUCUGCUCUUUUCAGGCACUUCAUCAAGUGAUGAAAAAACCUGAUUACUUAAGUGAUCAAGAGUUCCGUCAGCUAUUGUUUGACAUGAUGCUUGCUUGGGAGACUCCCAGUGUCACAAGUGAGCAGGAAAACAAAGAUGCAGCAUCUCCCUCCAAGCAGGACUCAGAGGAUGAGGAUGGGUGGUCGCUAUUCUAUUCAAGUCCCACAAAUAUGGCAAUGCAGGUUGAUGAAAAAAGGUCUGUAGGACCGGAGGCUUUUGCAAGAAUUGCUCCGGUUUGUCCUGCCAUUGCAGAUGCAAUAACUGUACAUAAUCUUUUUGAUGCACUGACUAGCUCGUCAGGCCACAGGCUUCAUUUUAUCGUAUAUGACAAAUACAUCCGCACACUUGACAAAAUUUUCAAGGCUGCAAAAAGCACUCUAGGACCUUCAGCUGCCAAUCUUCAGCUUGCCAAGGGAGAAAUAGUGCUUGAUAUGGAUGGUGCAAACCCUGUUUUACCGGUUCUUAAACACGUGGGCAUCUCAGCAUGGCCUGGUAAACUGACACUUACCAACUAUGCUCUAUAUUUUGAUUCAAUGGGUGGUGGUGAAAAGGCCAUGCGAUAUGAUCUCACUGAAGACACAAAACAGGUCAUCAAACCUGAGUUAACAGGGCCAUUGGGUGCUCGUAUAUUUGAUAAAGCCAUCAUGUAUAAAUCAAUUAUAGUACCAGAGCCAGUAUAUUUUGAAUUCACAGAGUUUAAAGGCAAUGCUCGUCGAGACUACUGGUUGGGAAUAUGUUUGGAGAUCCUUCGCGUACAAUGGUUCAUACGAAGAUACAAUUUUAAAGGGGUUCAACGAUCAGAAAUACUUGCAAGAGCAAUCCUUGGCAUAUUCCGGUACCGUGCAAUAAGGGAAGCUUUCCAAGUCUUCUCUUCCCAAUACAAAACAUUGCUUAUAUUUAACCUGGCAGAAAGUCUCCCCGGUGGAGAUAUGGUCUUAGAAGCUCUAUCCAGUCGUGUCUCUCGUAUAACCACUGAUGUCCCUUCUGAUGUCGGUUCUGUUCAGUAUAUGAAAUGGCCCUCAAAAUUAUCUCCAGUAUCACUCAAAUUGCUUGAGCAUUUUGGCUUGAAUCUAGAAACUGGGACAAAUAUGGGUGAAGAAAUGACAAUCGUAGGAGAUUUUUGUGUUGGAGAGACGAGUCCAUUGGAGAUAGCUCUGAAACAGUCAAUCCUAGACACAGACAGAGCUGAAGCUGCUCAGGCGACUGUGGAACAAGUGAAAGUAGAAGGAAUUGACACUAACGUUGCAGUUAUGAAGGAGCUAUUGUUACCUUUCAUCAAACUAGGCUUGCAUAUAAAUCUCUUAGCCUAUUGGCAAGAUCCUUAUAAAUCAACGGUGUUCAUGAUCUUGGUCAGCUAUUUGAUUAUCAGUGAGUGGAUCGGUUUCAUACUACCGUCCAUAUUAGUCCUAGUGGCUAUAGUAAUGCUGUGGCAUAAGCAAUUCAACAAAGGGAAAGAACCAAAAGCUGUUCGAGUGAAAGCUCCACCAAGUAAAAACGCAGUGGAGCAGCUACUCGUACUACAAGAUGCAAUUAGCCAGUUCGAGUCGCUAAUCCAAGCUGUUAACGUUGGUCUCCUCAAAAUAAGAGCCAUUAGUCUUGCAAUUCUUCCUCAGGCUACAGAUACAACGGCUAUAUCGCUUGUGGUUGUGGCGGUUAUAUUGGUGGUUGUUCCGGUGAAGUACUUAAUUACGAUUGCGUUUGUAGAGUGGUUCACGAGGGAAACUGGGUGGAGGAAAGCGAGUAGUGACCGGCUAGAGAGGCGGAUAAGAGAGUGGUGGUUUAGGGUACCCGCAGCUCCUGUUCAGCUCAUUAGAGCCGAAGAUAGCAAGAAGAAGAAGAAAUGACACUUUUCAAUUCUGUCUCACACGCACUCUCUCUUUCUAGACAUAUUCUUUUCAUAUUAGAUUUUUUUUGUUCUUUUUUUUUUCCAUUUUAAGUAAGAUUCGGGUUUAUUCAUAAAUAUGAGACGAACAAACUCGUUUCAUCGAAAGUAAAUUGCGUAAAAGUCA